CCUGCCAUGAAGGUCCUACUGGAGAAGCUCGCACAACGCCAAGAUUUGACUGCCGAAGAGAUGGUAGUCAUCAUGGAUACCAUUGCACUGGGAGCUGCGGACCCCAUUCAAAUUGGUGUGUUUCUAUCCCUGCUGCGAUCCAAAGGAGAAACCCCUGUCGAAGUUCAAUCACUCGUCUCCGUCAUGCUCCGCCACGCACGCCUUGUGCCUUUGCAGCAAGAUGUAAAGACCCUGGACAUUGUCGGAACGGGUGGUGACGGAGCGAACACUGUCAAUUUAUCGACCUCCGCAGCGAUUUUGGCAGCGGCUUGUGGUGCUAAAGUAGCCAAGCACGGAAAUCGCUCUGUUUCCAGUCGGUCAGGUUCUGCUGACGUGCUGGAAGUGAUGGGUGUGCCGAUGUUGGAGCCCCAGCACAUUUCACCAUGCAUCAACGAAGCGAAUAUUGCAUUUAUGUAUGCGCCGCAUUUCCAUCCUGCCAUGAAACAUGUUGCUCCCGUCCGCAAGUCCAUGGGUAUUCGCAGUGUUUUCAACGUUUUGGGACCUCUCAUCAACCCAGCCAAGUGCCAAACCUCCGUCAUUGGCGUAUACACACCAUCGCUGUUGGACCUAUUUGGACAGGUUCUCCAUUUGAUGGGAGUUGAACAUGCAUUGGUGGUACACUGCGCUGGCCUUGACGAGCUGAAUCCCAUCGGCGACGCAGAAAUUGUCGAAGUUACUCAGGUUGAAAUGCCUCACACUUAGUAAGGCCGUCGUGCUCAUCUUUUCCAUUAGCAAGGAUGCCAACGAUACACAUUGACACCCGAAGAAAUUGGCAUUCCUCGGUGCACCCUCAAAGACUUGGAAGGAGGAGAUGCUGACGAAAAUUGUCGGAUCUUGCGUCAAGUGUUUCAAGGUGGCGAACAUUGCGAAAACGCUAUCGGGAACACGAUUGCCUACAAUGCCGGAGCAGGUAGAUUUCCCGUCCGCGCUGCUCCUCGUCUGACCGUGAGUUGUCGUAGGGUUGUAUGUGUACGGGUUGGCCAACACAAUCAAGCAUGGCUACGAAGUGGCGAAGGCUGCGCUGAAAGCUGGCGAGGGUACUACUUACUCUUUCAUGUCUUCGGUACUCUGACACAGGGAACGAUGUGUAGCUCUGAAGACGCUGGACCGCUGGAGCGAAGUAGCGACGCGGUUGCAUGCCUCGCCACGUGCUGUCGGCCAAUAAUGUUGUCAUGAAGUUUAAAUUCGCAAAAUACGCUUUGUGUUGGGUUGUGAAG